UCAGCAAAGAGAAUGGGGUUCAGGUGUCGAGAUACGUUUGGAAGAUCAUUGAUGUAUAUGAGGAAGAGCAGGGGACCAAGGACACUUCCCUGCAGAACUCCAGUAUCAAGUGGCUGUGUUGUUGAUGCUGUUUCUUUAAUGGUGACAUACUGAUACCUAUUAGUAAGAAAAGUUAAUGGUCUACUUGCGGGAUGGCAGGACACUUAUUGGUUAUUUGCGCAGUGUUGACCAGUUUGCUAAUUUAGUACUCCAUCGCACAAUAGAGCGUAUCCACGUAGGAAACCGAUAUGGGGACAUUGAUCGUGGUGUUUUUGUCAUCCGUGGAGAAAAUGUGGUUUUACUGGGAGAAAUUGAUGAUACAAAAGAGGAAGCAGCAACUCUGGAACAAGUGAGCAUUGAGGAAAUUCUGGAGGCGCAACGUGUCGAACAAGAGCGCCGUCAAGAGCAAGAACAGCUUCGUGCACGAUUUAUGAAAGAACGGGGGCUUCAAUACACUGCUGAGAUUGGACCUGAUGAUAUGUAUUAAAACCAUCCUGGUAAUUACAGUUACAGGCAAAAAUUAUAUUUCAUUAUUUAUUUUCAAUUAAUACAGUGCUUUAAACCUUUGCAUGGAAGAACAAUCAUAGCAGCAGUGCAGUAUGUCGCAUUUGAUAGGGAAGUCUCUAAAAAAAGAUAAUCUAGAAUGGCUAUAUUCACUUUGCAGCUCUUAAGUGCGACCAUUUUAUAUAAACAAAAGAUGAAAAUUUUUAGAUCAUUAAAAAAUAUUUGAGCUUUCAUUUUGAAUAUUUCUUAUAUUUUUGUAAAAUGCAGUACUGUAUGCAUGAACAUUUAUGUUGUUGAGCACUUUGUUUUAGUUAUAAAAUGAAUACAAAAGUAUGUGUGCAGUUAUCUGUGUCUACCCCAGUGUUUCCAGUAAUAUGUAUCCUAAAAAUAGUUUUAGGAAAAGUUAAAUCUAUGAUUAAUGUGAAGGAUAUGGGAAGGUGAUGGUGAGUGAUCCAGUAAUGAUCUUCAUAAUACAAUAAUACUUUGAAUUUAUAUACAAAUAUACAAUACUGUACUUUAUAUUAUUUUAAUGUAAUAUUCAGCUUAUUUUUUUUUUGUCAUAUUGUAAAAUACUUCACUAUACAACCUCUCCUCACUUAACAAUGGAGUUCUGUUCGUAAGACUACUAUGGUAAACAGAUUUGUCGCUAAGUGAGGAGCACACUAUAACGGUAGUGGAUUUGUGUCAACCAUCUUUGAUAUUGUUUUAAUGUCACUUUUGCACCAUUUAUAACAUUUCUGGUAUAUUUUAAAUGUUUAUUCAGUAGUGUACUGUAGAGUGUAAUAAACAGCUCUAAUAUACCUUAUUUAAGUAUGCAUACUGGUCAGAGCCCGUUGUAAGUCUGAGUCGUCGGUAAAUGAGUACGUUGCUAAGUGAGGAGAGACUGUACUAUCUAGAUUUGUUUUUCUAAAUCUAGAUAGUUCCCCUACUUAUAUUUAUUCAACAACAAUGAAUUACCAUAAUGAAUACAUGUAUAUGAGAUUUUGGUCAUAUAGUUAGUCUAAUUACAAGUUUGUGGAUGUUUAGUUUUUGGGUAGAAUUAAAUGUCAUUAUGUGUUAGACAAGAAAAUAUUAAAAAGUUUGAUUACAUAUUGUGUGUCAAUAUUAUGAGCUUUUGUAAUGAAAUAAUUAUUUGCUUGAUUAUUUUUUCCAAGCACAAUUCCAUAAAUAUUUUAAGUUUAGGAAAAUAAUCCAUAUUAUUACUGUUUAAAUUUAUUAGGCAUGUAAAUGGAUCAGAUCCAGUUUCACAUGGAUCUGUAUCACCCUGUGAUAUACAUUGCAUAUGUUAUUAUUUUUGUAAUGCAAAAAAAGGUGAACAAAUAAAAGCCAAAUUUAA